CAGCGGUGCUGUGGCUUUCUGCAGUGUUGUCACAUUUUGUGUUAUAAUCAUUUUAUAAUAAUCAUGUCAGGAGUCAUUCCUGCUCGCCUGAUUCAGCCGAUUUUGACGUGUGCUUCUUUAUUACGAACGAGAGCGUGUCUACAACGGUUUCAACUCCCUGUUUUGUCAUUGUUACAUACAACAGUUGUGAUGACACAAACUAAGCUGAGCGAUGAAGAAUGGAAGGCGAGGCUGACAGACCAGCAGUAUCAUGUGACCAGAAAUGGAGGAACAGAAAGGGCAUUUACUGGUAUAUACUAUGACCAUAAAGAGAAAGGAACAUAUGUGUGUACAUGCUGUGGAGUGGAGUUAUUUAGUUCAACAACAAAAUAUGAUUCUGGAUCUGGCUGGCCGUCAUUCUACAAGGCAAUGGAUAAAGAGAAAGUGAUUGAGAUCCAUGAUGACUCGCAUGGUAUGAGGAGGACCGAGGUCAGGUGUAAAAAUUGUGGCGCUCAUCUUGGUCAUGUGUUCAAUGAUGGCCCAGCUCCGACCGGGCAGAGGUACUGCAUAAACAGCAUAAGUCUUCAAUUUAAAGGGGACGCCGAGAAGUAAAUCAGGACAUCUGCUCAAAGAUCUCAUACUGAUGGACUGUGUGUGAGGCAUUGUGUAGAAAAGAGACAAUGACUGCGGUGUUUUCAUUGAUCAGUUACCCAGGGAAAGUGUCUUCCUGGACAAGGAGAAGUUACCUAUUACCUGAAGUAGAAGUGUGUUGCGGAUUGAUGAAAAUGAUAAGUAUUAUGAACCAACCCACGAAACAGCUCAGAAGGUUACUAAGUGGGGACAGUAUGCAUGUAAUUAUGUAUAUUUUUGUAUUUUAUGUGAUAGCAUACAGUGAUAGUCAGUAAAGUUUUUGUUAUAA